AUGGCAGGUGAUUUCCAGCUGUCGGCGCAGCUUCUUGGCCACGAAGCCGACGUGCGGGCGGUCAAAUUUCCCUCCCCCGAUGUCAUCCUCUCGGCGUCCCGCGACUGCACCGUACGCGUCUGGCGUCGCCAAUCAGGCUCCCCGCCCUCCUUCGAAGGCAGCCUCGUCAACAGAGGUUCCGAAUAUGUCAACUCGUUGGCCUUCAUCCCACCCGGCAAGGACCACAUGGACGGCCUGGUGGUGUCCGGCGGCAAGGACACCAUCAUCGCCGUCAAUUCACCCCGGCCAGCCUCGUCGGAGCAUUCCGAACGACUGCUCAUCGGGCACGCGCACAACGUCUGCACCCUCGACGUCUCCCCCAGCGGCAGCUACCUCGUCUCGGGCGGGUGGGACGGCCAGGCUCGCGUGUGGAACUUGACCAGCUGGAACACGGAGAUGACCCUCGGCGGGCACGAGGGCAUGUCGGUCUGGAACGUGCUUGCACUCGACGACAAGACGGUCGUCACUGGUUGCGCCGACAAGGCCAUCCGAAUAUUCGACCUCACGCAGUCGUCCGGGGGCGAGGCCAUGCCCAGGUCGACGAUCCACACCCCCGAUAUCGUCAGAGCACUCUGCAGGGUACCCAGGGGCCACCCCAGCGGUGCCGACGUUGCGAGCGCGCACAACGACGGGACGUUGAGGCUGUGGAAGCUGAACGGGCAACAGGUUGCCGAGCUUCACGGCCACGACAGCUUCGUCUACUGCUUGGCCACUUUACCUUCCGGAGAGAUCGUCAGCUCGGGUGAGGAUCGAACCGUCCGUGUAUGGCGCGGCCAGGAGUGCAUCCAGACCAUCGUCCACCCGGCCAUCUCCGUCUGGGCCGUCGCGGUGAACGCCGAAACCGGCGACAUUGUGACCGGGGCCAGCGACGGCGUUGCCCGCGUCUUCACCCGUCGCCCCGAUCACGUGGCGGACAAGGAGACGCUGGCGCUGUUUCAGAGCUCCAUCGAGGCCUCCUCGAUUCCGCAGCAACAGCUUGGCGGCAUCAACAAGGAGAAACUUCCAGGUCCCGAAUUUUUGACGACAAAGUCGGGCACGAAGGAUGGUCAGGUGCAGAUGAUCAAGGAGAGCGACGGCAGUGUCACGGCGAACCAAUGGUCGAUGAGCAAGCAGCAGUGGACCAAGGUUGGAACGGUCGUCGAUGCCGUCGCCAGCACGGGCAGGAGGGUUGAGUACAAUGGCCAGUCGUACGACUACGUCUUCGACGUCGACAUCGAAGACGGCAAGCCGCCGCUGAAGCUGCCCUACAACCUUUCGGAGAAUCCGUACGAGCGAGCAACCAAGUUUCUCGGCGACAACGAGCUGCCCCUGUCCUACCUUGACAACGUCGCCAACUUCAUCACCGAAAAUACAAAGGGCGCCACGCUGGGCCAGACGGCGCAAUCAUCGGGGCCAGACCCCUACGGUACCGAGUCGCGUUACCGGCCUGGAGAAAGCUCUCAGCCCCAGCUUAUCCCUCAAAAAGAGUAUCUCGGCAUCUCGGCUGCCAAGUACGAAGCCAUGUUUAACAAGAUUUUGAGCAUCAACAAGAACAUGGUCUCAUCCGGUGGCAAGGAUGCGGCCCUGAACCCCGGCGAAGAGUCGGUCCUUGUAUCCUUGCGGGAGGCGCUCGAGACGAACAAGUCGAUAAACCCGCAAGCGCUGGAUCUGGUGGUUCGAAUCGUGACGCGAUGGCCGUACAGCGACAUCGUCUCUGGGCUGGACGUGCUUCGCUGCGUCGCAAAGUACCCCUUGGCUGCGCAGCGCUCAGAUUCUCAAACCGGAACGAUCCUCGACGUGGCCAUGACGGCCUCGAUCCAGGACAGCUCUGCGCCGAACGAGAACGCGGCCAUGAUGGGCGCGCGCACGAUUGCCAACCUGUUCGGCUCCGCCGAUGGCCGCAGCCUCGUCAGCUCUCACGCCGGCAAGGUCAUGUCGUUCCUCGAGCGCCUGGCGGGCAUCACGGGCGGCGAGCCCAUCGGAAAGACGAACCGCAACAUGCUCAUCGCCUUGACCACGUCGGCUCUCAACCUGUCGGUGCUCGUCAGCAAGGAAAAGCUCCUCUCGGCCGACCAGCGUCGCCGGCUCCUGAUCCUUCUCGGCACCGUUCUGAAAGACCAGACCGACUCGGAGGUGCUGUACCGAGCGCUCGUCGCCCUCGGCACGACGCUGAGCGCUUCCAAGGCCGAGGCGGCGAAUCUCGAUGCCGCCGCGUGGGUGCGUGCCGCAAGAGACAGGGGCGCCGAGGAGAGGGUCAAGACGGUAGCGGAUGAGUGCCUGCGUCUGACGCAAUGA